ACCAACUAAUUCACACAAUUAUGGAUGUGAAAAAACAGACAUCAGACACUGUUGCAUCCAGAAAAGACAUUGCUAAAUUGUGUAAAAGGCCUCAACUUCAUGUUACCAAGGAUGCGAACGGAAAAGAAACUCCACCAAAAGCGCCUUUCGCACUGGACAUAGCCCAAAGGAAAGUAUUAUGCAACUGGGUGAGAGAUUUAAAAUUUCCAGAUGGUUAUGCGUCCGACUUAACAAGAUGUGUGGACAUGCAGUCCGGUAAGCUGCACAGUAUGAAAAGUCAUGACUGUCAUGUCUUCAUGGAAAGAUUGUUACCGAUAGCAUUAAAGGAGUUGCUCCCGGUUCAUGUGUGGAAAGCUGUUACUGAGAUCAGCCUCUUUUUUCGUGAUUUGUGUUGCUCCACCAUCACAGUAAGAGACAUGGAAAGAUUGGAAAAGAACAUAGCCGAGAUCAUUUGUAAACUUGAAAAGAUUUUCCCACCAUCAUUCUUCAAUUCCAUGGAACACUUACCGGUUCACCUUCCACGCGAAGCUAGGCUAUGUGGUCCCGUACAAUACCGUUGGAUGUAUCCCUUUGAAAGGUUCCUUAAUCAUUUAAAACGCAAAAUUGGUAACAAGGCUCGUGUGGAGGGUUCUAUUUGUAAUGCGUACUUGUGCGAAGAGAUUGCAAACUUCUGUUCCAACUAUUUUCAGCAAGGAGUGGAUACUAAGACACGAGAUUUAGGCUAA